AUGGCUCAGCUCUGCGGAUGUAAUGACAACAGCAGUGAACUCAAUCCUGGAUACAACCAAUUGCACUACUGUCGCAUCCCAAGUUGGCUGCCUCAGAACGUGCCCGCAGCGUCCUUGGUGACAGCAACCGUGGCCAGGUGCUUUAACCAGGCGAGCGCCUAUGCCUCUGUUCUCAACAGCGUGUUUGCUCCAAGCCAGUACUUCUACGAAGUUAAUAAAACCUACCAGAUGAGAGGACGGAAUCCCAACCCUCCUGUCUGCGACGCCCCUCGCAGACCCUCUCAUCCAAAUGGUGAUCCGGAGGGAGCGUCCUUCAAAUGCCAUUCCGGCGAGUUGUAUUACGAAUUCGGCAACAUCAAAAGACAGGGUCUUCCGCUUCGUGAUGAGAAUGGCCUCCCAAUCUCACAGUUCGAUCUCAAUUCCCGGGCAGCCUUUGCAAGGAGUGGGAAUCCGAAUCCCGAUCGGACGUUUUUGAAAGCGAGAGAGUACGAGAACACGACUUGGCACUUGGGAGAAGGCGGGAGAGUGGAUACAGGUGAGUCUUUUUUUGUCAUUGCGGCCCCCUGGACAGUUAGUUACUUCUCGAUGCAGUACUACGCAUGA